ACAAAUUAUUUAAAUUAUUUUAAUUUUAAUAUUUUAAUUUUAAUAUUUUUAAUGAAUUUGAAAUAAUAUUUUUAAAGUUAAUUUAUGAUAAAUAGUGUUAAAAAGUGUUAAAAGGUGAUAGAAAGUGAUUUGAUGAGUGUCUGUGGGAUGAGUAGAGUUGAUUUGGUGGAGUUUGGGUUUGUGUUUAGGGCGUUUGGGCUGUUGUUUGUUACGCUGCUUGCAGGUGCUUUUAUGCCGAAAUUCGUAAAAUUUCGGCUUAAAAACUGAUUUUUUCAAUUUAUUACCCUUUAAAUUAUUUUUUUUAAUCUCGGAAAUUUUUUUAGCCCCGGAAUUUUUUAAAUUAUCUUUACUCUGUACGACAUCAAACUUUCAAUGGUUUCAAAUUGUUAUAGGUUUCAAACUGUCAGCGGUAUCAAACUGUCAAUGGUAUCAAAUUUUGUAAAAAUAAAAAUUAAUUUCUUAAUGGAUUUAAAUUAAUUCUGUCGACCAAUGAUUCAAAUCUGCAGUCACUUUUAAUCCAAUCCCAAAUCUCUCUCCAAUCUUCCAACAUUAUUAACAAUAAUAAUAGUAAUAGUAUAGUAAUAAUAUAACAAUAGUAAUAGUAUAGUAAUAGUGAUAGAGUUGGAUUUGAUGGAUUGGAGGGGGUGUGUGAUAUUGUGUGUGAUAUGGUGUGUGAGUGUGGUGUACGGAUCGCAGUUAAAGAGUUGUAACGACUGUAACUGGUCAACAAAACAUUGCAAGUCGUGCCUUCACGAAGGCAAUCAACCCCAGAUGACAAUUGGUUUGAGGAGAUAUGAAAAGGAACGAGUGUCAGUGAUAGAACUGGCCCGUGAGAAUCAGAAAAACUUUAAGAACGGGAAAAUUUCAUUUGUUCUCAGAUCCCAAGGACCCUUCGGAUCUCUAGGCCAUACCAUCACAAAUCCUCACACAAAUACUCACACAAAUGAUCUCACAAAUACUCUCACAAAUUCUCAAACACAACAUAGUGUGAGAAGAAAGUUUAAUAGGAAUAUGAAUAUUCUUAAGGGUUAUGAGUAUGUUCCACUACAACAAAUCAAAGAUAGUUUGUAUGUUGGUACGAUAAGUGUUGGUACGCCUCCUCAAAUACUACAUCCCAUUUUCGAUACCGGGAGCACAAAUGUGUGGGUUGUUGGAACAACGUGUGAAUCUGAAACCUGUAAGAAAGUUAAGAGAUUUAACCCCAAACUCUCAAACACAUUCAAACGACUCACAAACCCCAAAAAAAUACAUAUCAAAUUUGGAACGGGUGAGAUUGAGGGUAGGCCUGCGAGUGAUGUGAUUACUGUUGGUGACAUGUCAUUUGAACAGAAUUUUGCUCUCGUUGAUUUAGAAUCCGAUUCCAACGUUUUUCAAAAGAUAAACUUUGAGGGUAUAGUUGGUUUGGCGUUUGCGGAGAUGUCGAGUAUUUCCGGUCCUUCGGUGCUUGAGAAUAUUUUUUCCCUUAACAGACUGAGUGAAAAUGAGUUUGCAUUUUACAUUGGGGGCGAAGAUGCUUUGCUUAUGUUUGGCGGUGCGGAUCCGCGUUUCUAUGAGGGAGAGCUGAAAAUGUUCCCAGUAGUGAGGGAACAUUACUGGGAAGUCGCACUCGAUGCCAUUUACCUCGGCAAUACUAAAAUCUGCUGCAAUCAACCCAGCUACGUCAUCUUCGACUCCGGAACAUCACUCAACAGCGUUCCAAGCGCCGAAUUCCACACCUUCACAACAUUAAUACAACAAGGAUGUAAGAGAGGAGAGGACAUGACACUGAGAUACAUUCUGGGCGGGGAGGAGAUAAGACUGGGUGCUGAGGAGUAUAUUUACGUGGACGGUGACGAGUGUAUUCCUGGCUUUAUGCAACUGGACGUUCCUUCCGAAUUCGGACACGCCUACGUUCUCGGCUCUAACACUUUUAUGCAGUUUUACUUCACUCUCUUCAGACACUCAAACUAUAAACCAUCGAUGGUGGGACUGGCGCGUGCUAAAAGGGGCCCGGAGGUGUCUAAGCUGGCCAAGGAAUUAGCUUUAAAAUCAACCCAAACCUAAUCUCACACCAGAUCAUACA